AUGUUGCUGAUCGUUAUCUGUUCUCUGACACUUCCUGCACUUUCGUGUCUACCUGACCUCAGUAACCUGCCUCCUCCGAUAAUUCACUAUGAAUGCUUGGAAAGAAGGCCAGUCGCGUGUCCUUACCGUUGUGGAGGCAGUCGUUGCAAGUAUUCCAGGAUGGCUCGUGGGGUCUCCAACAGAGAGCGAAGCACUCCCAUUAGCAACCUUUCUCGUCAUGUCUCCAGUUUAUUCGAGGCCGCAAAUACGAUCUUUACCGAUUGUUGCCGAAAAAAUGCUAUUCCGGAGCAGUGCAUUCCAGCAUGUAAUUACGACAGCUACAACAACCAGUUGAUCAAUUCGAUGAUACUGGGCAGCUCACAGUGCACGGUCACGACACUCCCAGUCAUCCACUCGUGUGCUUCCCGUGGUCACGAUCACGGCGACUGCUGCGCAAGAGCCGGAAUUCCUGCGCAGUGCAUCAAUUAUUGUGUUCCAAGAAAACGGACAAUUUUGGGAGGACCCUGGUUUUCAUGCCUUCGUUAUUUUGAGGAGAUGAAAGGUUGCUUUAUCAGCGAAGCUUCGAACAAAUCAGAGGAAACCAAAUCACAACCUACUGAAGACCUCUGUCUUACCUCUGGAGUUUGUGGCGGUGGCGGAUACUGUGCACCGCCUGCACCUCUUCCUUGUCAGCCGGCAUCAUGUCAACCCGGAUACACUUGUGGCCAAUACGGAUGCGCUCGAAAUCGUGCAAGGAGCGCUCUCACCAAGAAAAUUGAUGGAAUAUUUAUAAAUGAGGAACAACAUACGACUCCGAUACCAAAAAAGAGCCAUGAGAGCGACUUGGAGGAGAGGAAUGUCUUCGGAAUGAGCCGCGGAGUGACCAAAUCGUUGAAGACGUCAACAGAAGAAAGUCGAGAACCGCCGGACAAUGUCACUGUACACAGACUAACGGUAAUAGGUGUUCUUUUUAAUAGAAUCCCAACUACAUCUUUCGGCAAUGCUGCGAACAGAGGGGACUCCCAGAUGUGUGUCUCAACAAAUGCCAUUUCAACUCCUACACUCGCAAUGCAGUGA